GCCAAAAAGGUUUACUCAGUUUUUAUCAGUUGAGAAGAAAUUUUUAAGAUGAAUACAUUUUUAGUUUUGUUCGUUGUUGUUUUCGCAGUUGCCGUUGAAGGCCAUGACCAAAGGUUUGGACCAGAAAGAUUCGGUCCAGAAAGUGGUGGCUUUGGAAGUGGAUAUCCAGGAAGAUACCCAGGUGGAUCGCCUGGUGGUUACCCAGGUGGAUAUCCCGGUGGAUAUCCAGGUGGAUUCCCAAGUUUCCCAAGAUGCCCACCAUGUCCAGCAGGUCAAUACUUACCAGCAGGAAGUGUUACUUGCACUUGUACUGCUUGCACUGUCGCUCCAGCCACUUGCGUAGCUCCAAAAGUUUGGGAUACAACAACAUGCAGAUGUGGUUGUGCACCUUUAGCUACUCCAUGCACAAUCUAUCAAGUAUUAAAUGAAGCAACUUGUGCUUGUGUUUGUCGAUUCCCUAAUUGUCCAUGGACUGGAGCACCUAUCAAUCCAACUACUUGUCAAUGUUAAAUGAAUGUUUUGUUACUCUUUACUUAUUGAGUAUUGUUGACUUUUGAAGACGUCUUUUAAUAAAUUGUUAAUCAUUAUUUUUUUGCAAAAUAG